GUCAGCCUAUCGAGUACUGGCGUAGAUCGGCGUUCAAUAUUGUCCUCAAUGUUGCACGGGCCACUGCGGUGCCCCUCAAGCAUCGGUUUGAGCCGGGGCAGGCGGCCGCCGCCAGGCGCCCCCUCCCGAGGCCUUCGUUCAGUCAUGGCGGCCGAAAGAAGCCAUCGCCCAGUCAUCCUGCUUGACAUCAUGGACACCGUCGUCUAUGAUCCGUUCUUCCACGACAUGCCAGCGUUCUUUGGCAUGUCCUUCAAGGAGCUGCUUGCAUCCAAGCACCCAACAGCCUGGGUGGAGUUUGAACGCGGCCUGCUUACCGAAGAUGAAUUAUUCUUGAAGUUCUUUUCCGAUGGGCGCUUCGUGGAUGGCAGUGGGCUGAAGGCUAUGAUGGCGUCCAGCUACCGCUACCUGGACGGUAUGCCGCAGCUCCUGGGUCGCCUCAAGGCCGCCGGCUUCGAGAUGCACGCCGUCUCCAACUACCCCACCUGGUACCGCCUGAUUGAGGAGAAGCUGCGCCCGUCGGAGUACCUGAGCUGGACGUUUGUGUCGUGCGAGGGUCCCAUGAAGGGGUACCGGAAGCCUGCGAGGGAGGCCUACGAAGCAUGUGUGAAGACGCUUCAACGGUCUCCGGAGGAACUCAUCUUUGUCGACGACCGCAAGGUCAAUGUGGAGGGGGCUUGCGCUGUUGGAUUGGAGGGCAUCCUCUUCGAAAGCGCUUCCCAACUCGAGGCGGAACUGCGUUGCAGGGGUCUUACCUUCUAGACUGAUCCCUGGCUUAAUGCCUCGCAUAGUCACAUGCGAUCCCGAACAUUGUCGAAUGGCUCGUAUGUUGUAUCCUUACAGCUGUGUUGUAUCACCGGGAAUUUGUAUCAUUACUACGACGAUUAAGAUGGAUUCAUAGGCGCAGAUAGGAGGUAGGGUUGCGUAGGGGCGCUGGGCAACCCUUCUUUCAUUCAUUGUACUUGUUUUGCUGGCAUGGAGAGGGACGCUGGUUGCGGUAUGGCAAUUAAGGAUUAAGGAUGCAGUAGGACUGACGUUCCAGUAUCGAGCCACUGACUUUGUAUUGUAUUGUAACAGCU